UAUCAGGUGUGAUGUUUGUUUGGUCCUAUGGUAGUCUCAAAGCAGAGUGCAUGGUAUCAUGUGGCAGGAAGGCACGGACAAAGCUGAGCUGAACUGGUUUUCACAAAGUACCCACUCCAAUGCAUACAUUCAUGGGUUUGUUUAAGAGGGCAGAGAUCUGGUAACAGAUCUGCGUGUAAGUUCCGAGUCAGAAUUUGACUUCGGGGUAAAGCCUUCCUUUCUUCAGCAGGAGCACUGGCCCUUUCUUCAACACAGAUGAGUUGGGGACUACAGAUUCUCCCCUGCCUGAGCCUAAUCCUUCUUCUUUGGAACCAAGUACCAGGGCUUCAGGGUCAAGAGUUCCGAUUUGGGUCUUGCCAAGUGACCGGGGUGGUUCUCCCAGAACUGUGGGAGGCCUUCUGGACUAUGAAGAACACUGUGCAAACUCAGGAUGACAUCACAAGCGUCCGGCUGUUGAAGCCACAGGUUCUGCGGAACGUCUCGGAUGCUGAGAGCUGUUACCUUGCCCACAGCCUGCUGAAGUUCUACUUGAACACUGUUUUCAAGAACUACCACAGCAAAAUAGCCAAAUUCAAGGUCUUGAGGUCAUUCUCCACUCUGGCCAACAACUUCAUAGUCAUCAUGUCACAACUACAGCCCAGUAAGGACAAUUCCAUGCUUCCCAUUAGUGAGAGUGCACACCAGCGGUUUUUGCUGUUCCGCAGAGCAUUCAAACAGUUGGAUACAGAAGUCGCUUUGGUGAAAGCUUUUGGGGAAGUGGACAUUCUCCUGACCUGGAUGCAGAAAUUCUACCAUCUCUGACUGCCGAUUGGAUAACUUCCUCCUUUGUGCUCCAUGCCAUUUCAAGGUGUUGUGUACAUCCCUGCUGUCCUCAGGGCACUUCAGACCCUUGGCCAUGGACCCCGUUGUUGGCUCAGGCUUUUCCUCAGACCUCACUCUUCAGUCCAAAUGACAGCCAUAGAUGACACCUUUGGAUGCUCCGACUGACCCACAAAGUGGAUUUGCAUAUUUAUUACAGCCCUAUUUAAUUAUUGUCACUUUCCCUGGAAACCGUAUUUAUUUGUAAGACCAGAAGUUCCAUGAAAGCAUCAGAAUUUAGUGCCCCAUGCCUCCUCCUCACUUCCUGUGAUCUGGGUCAGCAUGGGGGCAGUGGAUGGUUGCUCAGUAAAUAUUUAAAAUGGA